CCAAGUACGGAGCAUCAAUAAAUCUUCUCUCUAAGAAAGAAUCUAGAACACUGCGUCAGUCCACAACUUUCUUCCUUCUUCGCUAUGAGGUUCAUCUUCAAAUCUUCACUUUAUCAAUGAAUUUCAGGUUAUGUUCUGUGUUGAUCAUCAACAUUGUGUUCUAAAUGUAUAAAUCGAGGUUUCUGGGUUCGCAUUGAGCGGUGUGAAGUGUGAUCUUAUUGGAUGCUAUUAGUAGUAUAGAAGUAUAGUCUCUGGACUUGUGAUUGAUCGAGGUAGAUGGAGUUAAUAUCUCACUUAGCACUAGCAGGAAGAUUCUCGUUUCUCACCAAAAGUGAAUUGAGAGGAAUAUAAUAAAGAAAAGGGAGUAAUUACCUUUCAUUUGAGGAACCCCAUUCAUCUCUGGUGGUAGGGAUAUAUAUUUGUGCAGGAUAUUGUGAAUGUUUAUGAGAGGGUAUGGAAGUCAAGGAUGUCGAAACAAGGGAUCACACCUUAUCUCCAGCUAGGCUGUUCAGGGGUCUCUUAUGUUUGCUAGUGCUUCUUUUAACAGCUUUUAUGAUGUUAGUAUAUUAUGGUUUUAUCAGUGCCAUUUUUGUUAGAGUAUUCAGCAUACAUUAUAGCCGAAAAGCUACUUCCUUCUUCUUUGGUUCUUGGUUAGCUCUGUGGCCUUUUCUAUUUGAGAAGAUCAACAAAACAAAAGUUAUUUUUUCUGGAGAAAUGGUCCCAGCAAGGGAACGUGUCUUGCUUAUUGCAAACCAUAGAACUGAAGUUGAUUGGAUGUACCUUUGGGAUCUUGCAAUACGAAAAGGACAACUAGGAUACAUAAAGUAUAUACUUAAGAGCAGUUUAAUGAAACUGCCUGUAUUUGGUUGGGCAUUUCACAUAUUGGAGUUCAUCUCUGUGGAGAGGAAAUGGGAGGCUGAUGAAUCGACAAUGCACCAAAUGCUUUCAAGUUUCAAGGAUUAUCAUGAUCCCUUAUGGCUUGCCCUUUUCCCCGAAGGCACUGAUUUCACUGAGCAGAAGUGCAUUCAGAGUCAAAAGCAUGCAGCCGAAAAAGGCUUACCUAUAUUAGAAAAUGUUUUGCUUCCUAAAACAAAGGGUUUCCAUUUGUGCGUACAGGAUUUGAGGAAAUCUCUGGAUGCAGUUUAUGAUGUGACGAUCGGCUAUAAACAUAGAUGCCCCUCUUUAUUGGACAAUGUCUUUGGAUUGGAACCUUCUGAAGUUCAUAUACACAUUCAACGGAUUCCCCUUCAUCAUAUUCCAACAACAGAAAAUCAAGUUGCCAAUUGGCUGAUGAACACAUUCACCCUCAAGAACCAAUUACUGGAUAAAUUUCAUUCUCAAGGCCAUUUUCCCCAAGAAGGAACUGAAGGGGAUCUCUCAACGUUGAAUUGCCUUGUUUCCAUCACCACAGUAAUACUUCUAACCACCAUAUCUACAUACUUGACUUUUUUUUCUUCCAUCUGGUUCAAAAUCUACGUAUCAUUAGCCUGUUCCUUUCUGGCAUAUGUUACCCAUUUCAACAUCCGACCAAUGCCGUUUUUUGGCCAUAGAAAAUCUUAUUGAAACUGGUUGGAAAAUUGUGUAUGUAUGUGUAUUGUUAGAAAAUGUGCGUACGAAACCAUAUAUAGAUCUGUUCUGUGGAUCAAAUAUAUUGUAGUAUCAAAAAAAUGUUCUCUUAGCAAGUUUUAUAGAGUGGACCCUCUGAUUAAUAUUAGGAAAAAUAAAUAAAUACUCUACGAAAUUUCUUAUUGUC